AUGGAUAUUUCUUUCUUUCUCUCUCACUGUCUCUCUCUCUCUCUCUCUCUCUCUCUUUCUCACUCUCUUUCUCUCUCAUUUUCUCUGUCUUUCUCUCUCUCUUUCUCUCUCUCUCUCUCUCUGGUUUUUCAUGAUUAUAUGACCGCGUUUAUAAAUUUACCGCCAUCUUUGUCGGAUCUGGCUUUUUUUUUUUUCAUUUUUCACUUUCUUUCUUUCUUUCUUUAUUUCUUUUUCUUUCUUUCUUUCUUUCUUUCUUUCUUUCUUUCUUUCUUUCUCUCUUUAUCUUCUUUCUUUGAUCACUUUGAUCUUUUAUUCUGUUUCUCUCUCUUUUCAUACUUUUCUUUCGUUUUUAUCUCUGCUUUUUUUUUUAAAUCUUUUUCUUUACCUCUUAUUCUCUCUUUAAGUUUGUCUAUCUCUUUCUGUCUCUAUCUUUCUUUGUUUCUCUUUUUUUUUUGUCUCUUUAUCUUUUGUCGUAUUUUUUCUUUAUCUUUCUCUCUAUAUACACCAUUUUUCACACUCUUUUAUUUCUGCCACCUCUUCCUUUCCCUGUCUUUUCCUCACUCUCUUUUCCUCACUCUCUUCCUGUCUCUCUAUCGCCCUCUCUCCUUGUGCCUCUCCGUCUUUUGUCCUAUCUUUUUCUUCUCCCUCUCUAUCUUUAUAUCUUUUUGUCUUCUUUUCUCUCUCUUUUCUUUGUGUUUCUUUAUCUUUCUCUCUUCUUUUUCUGUCCUUUUGCCCCACAGUUUCUGUUCUUUUUCUUCUUUUCUCUUUACAUUUUUCCUAUCUUUGCGUCUCUUUUUUUUUGUCGCUCUUUUGAUUCUUUCGUCUACGUUUUUAUCCUUUAUUUUCUCAUCUGCUUUUUCUUUCUUUCUUUCUUUCUUUUUUUUUUUUUUUCAUUUCUUCUCCACCUUUCUACGUUUUCUUCCUCUGGCUUUUUACUUUUCUCUAUUCUCUAUUUCUUCUAUCUGUCAUAACUUCUCUCUUUUUCUCUUCUACUUUUUUCAAAGUCUCUCUUUCUCAUUAUUUUUUUUUAUUCUUUUUCUUCCUCUUUACUCAUCUGUUUUUUUCUUUUUUUCAGAUAGUAACUUUUCUUCCACACCGUUUCCCUUCUUUCUCUCUCGUUCUCCUCCUUCUUUCUCUCUCGUUCUCCUCCUUCUUCUCUCUCGUUCUCCUUCUUCUUCUCUCUCGUUCUCCUUCUUCUUCUCUCUCGUUCGUCUUCUUCUUCUCCCCGCUCUUUCCACCUUAUCUCUUUUUUUAUUUUAUCUCUCAUUUCGCCCCCCACCUCUUUCUAAUUUUCAUAUCACUAUCUUUUUCGAUUUUGAAAUAGAUGCCCCGUUUUGUUGUGGCAAUGAGGAUAAGGAUAACGGUCUUUUUUUUCUCAAAAUCUCUCUGUUUUCGUCUUAUCUUUGUCUAACGCUGGCUAUAUCUUUGUCUUUCCUUUCUUUCUUUCUUUCUUUCUUUCUUUCUCUAUCUAUCUAUCUAUCUAUCUAUCUAUUUAGUUUUUCUUUUUCUAUCUAUCUAUCUAUCUAUCUAUCUAUCUAUCUAUCUAUCUAUUUCAGUCUGUUCAUAUGUAUCUAUCUCAUUCUGUUCAUAUCUAUCUAUCUAUCUAUCUAUCUAUCUAUCUAUCUAUCUAUCUAUUUCUUGUUUCUGUCUUCCUCCCGAUUUUCCCACUCUCAAUCAACCAUUUUCUUUUCCUCUCUGUCUCUUUACCGCCCACUUUUUUUUUCUCACUCUAUUUUUCCCUGUCUGUCUCUCUUUCUUUUUUCACUCCCUUUUCACUAUUUCUCUCUUUCUGUCUCUCUGACUUUAUCUUACUGUUUUCUCUCCUUUCAACCCUUUUCUCUCUGUCUCUUUGUCUCUCUAUCUCACAGUGUCUCUAUUUCUCUCCUGUCCUCGAUACGUUUUCUCUGUCUGUCUCUCUAUCUAUUCCUGUCUCACAUAUUUUUCCUAUCUUCCCAACCUUUCUGUGUAUCUACUACGUUUCUAUCUGUCUUUCUCUCUUUUUCUCUUUCUCUUCUACCUGUCUCUCUUUCUAUGUCUCUACUCUCUCCGUUUCUCUCUGCAUCUAUUUUUACAUAUACUUCUAUCUUUCGAUAUCUGUCUCUCUCGCUAUCGAUCUUUCUACUCCUCUCUCUUAUUUUGUCUCUCUAUCUCUAUUUUUAUUGCUGUUGUACUUUUCUCUCUCUUUCUCUCUCUCUUUCUCUCUCUGCCUCUCUUUCUCUUAUUCCUUUCUGUCACUCUCUCCAUUCCUCUCCUUCUUUUUCACUCUAUUCCUCUAUUUCAUCUGUUUCUCUCUCACGCCCUUUUUCUCUCUCAAUAUUUUGUUUACUCUUUCCUAUCUUUCCAACUCUUUCUCUCGCUUCCCCUCUCUCUCUCCCAUUCCCCCCAUUUCCUCCUCUCUCGAUUUCUCUCGUACAUUUUUUGUUUCGUUCCCUGUCAUUUUCUAUAUCUGCCUCUCUCUCCCCCUCUCUCUCUCUCUCUCUCUCUUUAUCUUUCUCUAUAUUUCCCCAUUCUGCCCCGCAACAUUCUAUUUCACUCUUUCAGUCCUCGUCUUUUUUUUUUCUUCCUAUCUUUCCAUCUCUGUCUCUUUUUCUAUCUAUCUUUCUAUCCCUCCCUAUCUAUCGCUUAUAUUACAUCUCUCUCUCUCUCUCUUUUUAUUGUUCUCAUAUUUGCUUAGCCUCUCUUUUUCUCAAUCUAUCACUCUUUAUAUUUAAACUCUUUUUUUUCUUCUUCUAUUUCUCUUUUGCUUAUGUCCACAGACAUGCUUUGCCCUUGUUCAAUGACGUAGCUCUCUACUUUGAUUCGAUUGUUUGUUCAUAUCUAUCUAUCUAUCUAUCUAUCACACUCUGUUCAGGUUUAUCUAUCUAUCUAUCUAUCACAUACGUCACAGCUGCAUCGGUUUCCAUCCCCAGGGGCCAUUCAGAAACAUCCCCUCUCUUCCAUCUCUGUAUCUCUUGUAAUAUGCACUUACCAACCAUCAUGAAUUGUCCAACGUCUCUUGGCCUCCCGCGUCUGACGCCGCUCCACCGGGUUGACUUUAGUUUUACGGCAGAUCGAUUAACUAACCCCAAACAAUUCCACACCUAG